AUGUCUCAAGCAGCUCAUAUAGCUCCGUCAACACAGACCCUGACUCCCGAGGAAGCCGAAUCUUAUUAUUUCAAAAUCAACCCGCCGCCUCCAUCGUUGCAAGAACAUUAUGAGUUGGCAAAAGAGUUCAUAAACAGACAUGUUCAGACCGGCCGAAGAUUGGUCCUCGUCACUUCAGGAGGGACAACAGUACCACUUGAGACACAGACAGUCAGAUUCGUGGACAACUUUUCUGCCGGUACUCGUGGAGCUACUUCUGCUGAGUAUUUCUUGCAAGAGGGAUAUGCAGUGAUAUUCUUACACCGGCAAUUCAGCUUGCUUCCAUAUUCAAGACAUUUCAGCCAUUCGACCAAUUGUUUCCUCGAUUUCAUGGAUGAAGGCAACUCUUCUUCUGACUCUUCAAAUACGAAUAGUAAUGGAGAUGGCCCUAUCAUCGUACGAUCGGAAUACCAGGAUGAAAUGCGCAAGGUUCUGCGACAGUACCGAUAUGCUAAGGAUAACGAUCUCCUACUUGUCCUUCCCUUCGUCACGGUGACGGAAUACCUGUACGAACUCCGAUCACUCGCCAACCUGAUGCAGCCCCUCGGCCCCAAUGCUCUCUUUUACCUUGCUGCGGCUGUUUCAGAUUUCUUUAUCCCUCGUGACAGGAUGGUAGAGCAUAAGAUCCAGUCGUCCAACGAGCCAGUUACCAAUAAGGAGAAGUCGGAUCCAAACAGGGCGGAUUCUGGUAUUGAUCCAGACUCAAUUUAUACUGGAUUUAAUGACCCAAAGCCCCCAACGCAUGGCAAAAAGCUUAUUAUCGACCUUGAUCCCGUUCCUAAGUUCUUGCAUCGGCUGGUUGACGGCUGGGCGCCGACGGGCAGCAUGGUGGUUAGCUUUAAACUUGAGACAGAUCCAGAUCUACUUAUAUCCAAGUCUGAGCAAGCGCUGCAGCGGUAUGCACAUCAUUUGGUUAUUGGUAACCUACUGUCAACCCGCAAAUGGGAGGUUGUAUUUGUGAGCCGAGAUAAGGCGACGGGCAAAUUUGGCCUGAAGUGGGUUCGCGUUCCGAAAUCGAGUACAAGGAUGAGAAAGGGCAGUGUUGCCGGAGGUGGAGGCGUGCCUCAACUGCAGCCGGAUGUGGAAAUUGAGAGCUUGAUUAUUCCGGAAUUGAAGAAGGCGCAUAGUGAGAUGAUUGAGACCUUUAGAAAGACGAAAGAAUCAAAUUGA